UGUCACUGUCAAGUUUCUAGGUAUGUUCUGCAAUAUUGCAUUGCUGCAAGAUGCUGAUCUUUGCAAUACGAUAGAUCUUAUUCGAUGAAAUAAACUAUCACUUACCUAUCCUUAAUAGGUCACUAAAUGUGACACCGAGUUGUUUUAAAUAGGUCAAAUUCGUAGUGUUAUUUAUAGGUUAUAAAGUGUUGGAAACAUGAGUUAUCCUGAUGGAAAUAGUUAUCCAAAUAGUGAAUUUGCCCCACAAAGUGCUGCCCAAGAGUCGACAAUACGAGAGGCAUAUAAUGAAGGGGGCAUAAAGGCAGGGGCAGUUCGUGUGGCACGACUCGCGUACGGCAUCUUAUCCAGACGAAAAGCAGCCGAAGAAGGUGUAGCGAGACUCGCCCGGGUCCUGUCAGCUUUAGAUCUAACUGCCCUGGGAGUAGGUAGCACAUUGGGUGUAGGGGUCUACGUACUCGCUGGGGACGUGGCCAAGAAUUAUGCGGGUCCAGCUGUCAUACUGUCGUUCCUGUUAGCGGCGGUCGCGAGUGUUUUUGCAGGUUUGUGUUAUGCGGAGUUCGGAGCUCGUGUACCCAAAGCUGGUUCGGCUUAUGUGUACAGUUACGUGUGCGUCGGAGAGUUCAUUGCAUUUAUCAUUGGAUGGAAUCUCAUACUCGAGUAUAUAAUCGGCGCGGCAUCGGUAGUGAAAGCGUUGAGUGAAUAUUUGGACUCUUUGCUGGAUAAGGCUAUUUCGACGCAGCUGCACGAGUGGAUGCCGAUGCACUCGCCGCACCUCGCGACAUAUCCUGACUUGUUCGCUUUCACUGUAAUCAUGGCAUUUUCUGUGGCUCUCGCAUUCGGCGUCAAGGAGUCCACGAAGUUCAACAAUUUUUGCACUGGUGUUAAUCUCUGCGUAGUAUUGUUCGUCAUAAUAUCUGGUUCAUUUAAAGCGGACAGCCGCAACUGGCGGCUGCCGGCGGACAGCGUGCCGCGCGGCGGGCGCGACUUCGGCGCGGGCGGGUUCGCGCCGUACGGGCUGGCCGGCAUCAUCAAGGGCGCCGCCGUCUGCUUCUACGGGUUCAUCGGUUUCGACUGCGUGGCGACCGCCGGCGAGGAGGCGAGGAGACCACAGAAGACCAUCCCCUUCGCCGUGGUGGCCUCCCUGCUGAUAGUGUUCCUGGCCUACUGCGGGGUCUCCUCCGUGCUCACACUGAUGCUCCCAUAUUAUAUGCAGGACGAGAAGGCGCCGUUCCCGCACGUGUACGACCGGCUGGGCUGGCCGUGGGCCAAGUACGCCGUCAGCGUGGGCGCCAUCUGCGCGCUCUGCUCCAGCUUGCUGGGAGCGGUGUUCCCCCUCCCGCGCAUCAUCUACGCUAUGUCGUCAGACGGGCUGUUGUUCAAGUUCAUGGGGAGAGUGAGUGAGAAGUACCAAACACCAUUGAUCGGAACCAUGGUUGCUGGACUUUUUACAGGUACAUUGGCGAUGAUAUUUGAAUUGGAGCAGUUAAUUCACAUGAUGUCCAUCGGCACUCUGCUGGCGUACUCCAUGGUGGCGUCUUGUGUACUGUUGCUCAGAUACGAGCGUAGCCCGUCACGCGGCUCGGCGGAGCGGCUGCGCGCGUCGUGCGGGGCUGCGCUGCGCCAGCUGUUCAACAGCGAGCGCCACGCCGCGCCCACCGCGCUCAGCGCCGCCGUCGUCGCCACGCUCGUCACGCUCUACGGUGUCUGGUGUCUGAUCAUGAUGAAUUGCGUCAACCAGCACGGGCAAGCUAUUUUGGCGGGAGAAAUGGUUCCUCUCAUCACCUUUAUCGUCAGUACAUCGCUGGUCAUCACGACGCUGUACGCGAUAUCAUGUCAGCCCGUAUCUGAGAAGAAAUUAGCGUUCUCUGUCCCGCUGGUGCCGUGGCUGCCCGGACUCAGUAUCCUAAUCAACGUGUAUUUGAUGCUGAACCUGGACUACAUGACGUGGCUGCGCUUCGCCGUCUGGAUCGCGGCCGGUCUCAUCAUCUAUGCUACCUACGGAGUUUGGCAUAGCUCGGAGCGUCGUAAGAACCUCGAUGCAGUCCAGCUCGCAGAACUCCACAACGACAGCCAAACCGCCCUGCUCCAGUCAAGCCUGAGCCAGCACGCGCUCGGCUGACAGAGGGAGAAGCAAGACGCGUCACGCAGGGAUGCGAAUGAGACGGAUAGAGAUGUAGUUAGUCCGUCUAGUACAGUAAUAUCGUUUAUUUCCAGUAUUUGAGAUCUUGAGUGUGUUAGGUUAAUUUUAAUCUUAAAUUAAUAUACAAUAAGCAUUAUAUGGGCUAUAUAUGAUUAGCUGAUUUAUAAAUUCAUCGUUAAAACGUUUAUGUUCCGAGCGAAGUCUACAGUGUGCAAGUUAAUAUUAAGCUUUACCGUUCCAAAGUGGACACAGCCCGAAGAUUCUGGAUUACGUUAGGUCUGGGCUAAGAGCUUUGAUCAAAUUGUGUUCUAAUUUUGGUAGAGUACACGUUAGGAUUUAGUUCGAUUCAGAUAGGAGUUUGAUAAUUGACCAAAAAUGAUUUUUAAUGUCACCAAUAUGUACUAAAUAAUUAACUGUUAAAAAACAAAUCGGCUACAAAUAAAAUUUGGGCCUAUAAAAAAAACAUAUAUUUUUUUCACCCUUGUUAGUAUUGAAAUAGAACCAAACGGAUAAUAUAAUCUGCCAAAAACAAAAAAGGUUUCUAAGGUAACGAACAUAAAAAAUAUAUACAGAUAAAAUAUAUAUAUUUUUUUUUUUACAAUUAACAGACCUGCGUUUGACCGUUGACUUGCCUGAUGUUAAGCAUCGACACUGUCUAGGAUGUAGCACGCUUGCCUAUAAGAAACCUGUUUACUCUGGAUAUGAAGACACCAACAUUGUACAUAUCAGGAAAUACGGACUCAGGCAAAGCAUUCCACAGUUUCGCAGUGCGAAUGAUAAAUGUGGAUUCAAAGCGCUUCGUACGUAUGCGGGGAAUUUCCACUGUGUACCUAUGGCGCUGUGGUCGCGUUUGCCUGGCCGUUCGAUAGUAAAAGGAUGCGGGAUAAUGAUGUAAAUCAAUUUAAAAAGAGAUUAAUUUAUUAUUAUCACUGCCAAGACGUACCGCCGAUUCUACUUACUUCGCUCCGAACAGAUUCAAAAAAUACAACACAUGCUUUAAUCAGAGACUCGCACUAGCGCGUUGCGAUGUUUUUUUUUGUGUUUGUGUGAGUCAUAUCUUUAAAAAUGGUCCUCAUAACGUUAUUAAAUAUGCUAGUGUGUCUCUCACCUAUUCUACGUCGUCGAUGCUAGAAAAUAACGGAGUGAAUAUCACUUGCCAACGUUUUAGACGUGAUUUUUUUAUUGCGACGUCAUACAAUAAUAUAUAAUUGUGAAUCUCCGAUCGUUCCUUAUGUAUUUACCAAAGGUAUUAUUUUGUUACCGAAUCUAUUAUAGCCAAAAAUAU